AUGGCGGGCGCGUUUCGAAACCUCGCGACUGAGGAGCGCUUCGAGGAGAGGAGAGGCUCUCUGUUUUUGUACAAGGACGAUCUGGACUCGAGAAUUGAGGCAUAUAUAACCGUGGACUCGACUAUUGUAAGCGACUGGCAAGAGACUCCGCCGGCGGGGGAUCCUUCGAGUGUCAACCGUCUCCAGAUCGAGAGUUCCUCCAACGAAGCACACGUCAAAUCGGCGACACAGGCGUCUGCCGACAUAGGUCAUACCUCUAAGGUAACCUUGCGAACUCUGGAUGCUCUUAGAGAGUACACUAAGACCUCGCGCCGCCUGUGUGUUUUCUUCAUCCGGAAGCGGAAUUCCUACUCUGCGCUGUCCAUCUCCUCGGAACUCUUUGGUCACUUGUGCGAGGAGAUCUCUAUCCCCCAGACAUUUCGAGACUACAUCUUAUACUUUGGAAGACGACUGUACGAAGUGGAAAUCGCGCCACCGCCUUUCAAUUUUGAAGCCCCAGGCACGAUCAAGUUCUCAGAAUGGGAGGCGAUGGGAGUCAUCCGCUUUGUGGAGGAGAACGGCAGGGUUUCUUCUCUGGCCCCAAGUGAGGGAUGGUCAAUUCGCCAGACCGCCAUCUUUUCGAGGUUUGACCAACAACGGUCUCGGGCUGUCUGGCUGUUCGUGGCGCUAUCUACCUCCACCGAGGCGCUGUUGGAUGAUCUUUGGGCAUCUGCAGAGCAGGAAACACAAUGUCCAUGGCGGACACUCCACACUCUAUACUCCUAUGCGGCAUGUAAUUGGAGACCGUAUGUUGUUGCGUUGGUGCAUGAGGUUGAGCGACACGAAAUGGAGCUCCUAGGCACCUCACCGGACAACUCUGGUCCCGUCCCUCUGCCCCAAGCCGAAGAACGGCAGGCCUUGCUCAUACUGGAGAAGAAAAUUUCAACGGCCAGAUUGGCCAUUCGAUCGACAAGAGCCGAUGUGGAGUUCCUGCUGGCAGAGCUUCAGAGUUGUUAUUUGGAAACGCCUGAGCAUGCAGCAUCAAGCUGGCAAAGUCGUCGGCGGCAGUUUGCUGAGAUCGUGCGCCAUCUCAAUGUGAAUCUGAUGCGUCUGGAUGAUAUACAUUCCCGCGUGCAAAGUGUCACGAAAUUACUGUCGACCUUCUUGGAACUGAACAGCAGCUUUGCUUUGCAAGGCUUGACUCAAGAGUCCAAGAGGGAGAGUGAAGCCAUGCGCAAGCUGAACGAAAAAAUGGCCGUUCUUGCCGAAAAGAACGCCGAGGAAGCAGUGACUGUCACCGUGUUGGCCAUCUUGACCAUGGUGUACCUGCCCUUCACCGUCGUGUCCAACUUCUUUUCGACGUCUUUCGUUGGCACCGCUUCUGACCGGAUCUUCGUUACACGGGACUCCUGGUUGCUGUUCGUCAUCUCCAUCCCUUUGACCUUUCUCACUGUAUAUACGUGGAGGACCUGGACCCAUAUCAAGGUCAAGCGGCGAUACCCAUUCUGGUGGCCUCUACUAGGCUUCAAGCCACCUAGACAACAUGCAAAGGACUAUCAAGUUGACAACUAUAUCAAUUACGAUCACCAGACGCUCCAUACGAUUGAAAACUCCUUUUGA